AUGUCCACUCCUUGGCCCAGCAUUCCCUCCUUUCACCUUCGACACAAACGACAAGACGUAGCAACAAGUAGCAGUGACCAUGGGGACGUGUCGCCAAGCACCGCAUUUAGGAUUGCCUUGUUCUCGUCUGACCCUGGAAAUUUGGAGGACGAGCCCUUCUGCUGGCAAUACCACCACACUGCUCCUGCAUUAAAUCAGCUUUUAGCAGGCUCUCACACCGCGAACAAGGAUAGUAUUAAUCGGGCUGGCGGCUUGACUGAAGUCUUUACUGUGUGGAGCCUUCUCCUUACGGAAGACAGUGACCAGAUCUUGGAUGACCCUGUCACCAAGUACCUGCCUGAACUGGGUGAUGAUACAAGAGGCCAAGGUGCUGUUGAGUAUGUAGCGUGGGAUGAAGUUACUGUUGGUCAACUCGCCAGUCAUAUGUCAGGGUUGGAAGGGACUGAGAGUGGAACAGAACACAAUUGCUCGAAAGAUGUGACGUUUGAAACACGUUCUUCUCAAGCGGGGUUGCCUACACUCCGGACUAUUCUGAAGCCUUGCUGUGGCAAUGGUCCCAAGUGUAGCAGUAGCGACUUCAUCCGGCUUCUGGCCGACGAAACCCCAGUUGCUGCAGCUGGGGUGACGCUAGCUACUCCAACAUGGCAUUUCAGCUUCUUGGCUACAUUGUAA